GACGCCGUCACGUCCGGAAUGUUAGCCUGAUACACAGGAAGUAACGCCAAGUUAGCCAGACGAGCGGGUUGUUAUUCGUUAAAUUGCCAAGUGUUUUGUUCACUUAACAGUUUUAUACGGUUUAUAGUAGCUAUAUAUUGUUUAUUCAGCAUGUUGAUCAAAGUCAAGACUCUCACUGGAAAAGAAAUAGAGAUCGACAUCGAGCCCACAGACAAGGUGGAGCGAAUCAAAGAACGGGUGGAAGAGAAGGAAGGCAUCCCGCCGCAGCAGCAAAGACUCAUCUACAGCGGAAAACAGAUGAACGAUGAGAAGACGGCAGCAGACUACAAGAUCCAAGGAGGCUCAGUGCUCCACCUUGUGCUGGCACUAAGAGGAGGAUCGACACUCCACAGUCGCUGCACACACCUCUCCUCUUCGUCAUGAGUGGCUGCUGUCAUGGGGCCGGCAGAGUGCCAACGCUUUAGGUGUCUGUCACCGUCUCACCAUGUUACAGCACAGAAAUUUAGCACGCUCCUGGGUCGACGCAAACAAACCAACAAAAAAAAGAAAACAACAGUAAAGGACAUUCAAAUUCCUUUGUAGAUUUUUUUUCUUUUUUUUUUUUUUUUUUUUGUAAACCCACUUCAGCUUUCUGAGCUUGACCAGUUGAUGCAGGCACCCAUUUAGCACAACAGCCAGUUUGAGAACACUGUGGUCUAUUUUGCUUGUGAAUAAAUGCUUAAGUUCA